GAUCAGGGAUUUCAUAUUCACUCGCUCUUCCGCAACCAUCGCCCUUUUCCCUGGAGACGCCGCCUCGUGGAUGGCCUCCGUCGCUUCUUCCCACACCGCCCCCGCUCCCGCCCAUCCAUUGCUGCCUUAAUCAAACAGAGCGAUCAGAAACACACAACGAGAAAGAAAAAAAAAAAAGAAAGAAGAAGAGGAGGAAGAACUGUUCCAAGGGCAGUGGAGAACGCCAUGCAACAGCAAAAGAAGGAACUCGACUUCUUCACGGAGUACGGCGAAGCGAGCAGGUACAACGUGCAGGAGGUCGUCGGAAAGGGCAGCUAUGGGGUCGUGGGCGCCGCGGACGACUCCCUCACCGGAGAGAAGGUGGCGAUCAAGAAGAUCAAUGACGUCUUCGAGCACGUCUCCGACGCCACUCGCAUCCUGCGGGAAAUCAAGCUCCUGAGGCUGCUGCGCCACCCGGACAUCGUGCAAAUCAAGCACAUAAUGCUUCCGCCGUCGAGAAGGGAGUUCAAGGACAUCUACGUUGUGUUCGAGUUGAUGGAAUCCGACCUCCAUCAGGUCAUCAAGGCAAACGACGACCUCACUCCCGAGCACCAUCGCUUCUUCCUGUACCAGCUUCUUCGAUCGCUCAAGUACAUCCACGCAGCCAACGUUUUUCAUAGAGAUUUGAAGCCCAAGAACAUCCUGGCCAAUGCAGACUGCAAGCUGAAAAUCUGUGAUUUUGGCCUCGCCAGAGUAGCUUUCAAUGAUGCUCCAACUGCCAUAUUUUGGACAGACUAUGUAGCAACAAGGUGGUAUCGUGCUCCUGAAUUAUGUGGCUCAUUUUUCUCCAAAUACACGCCUGCUAUCGAUAUUUGGAGCAUAGGAUGCAUAUUUGCCGAAAUGCUGACAGGGAGACCUCUGUUCCCCGGCAAGAAUGUGGUGCACCAGUUGGAUAUUAUGACUGAUUUCCUUGGCACACCUUCAGCUGAAUCUAUUUCUAAGAUUCGAAAUGAGAAAGCUAAAAGGUACUUAAGCAGUAUGCGAAAGAAACAACCGGUCCCUUUUCAGAAAAAGUUUCCGGGAGUGGAUCGUUCGGCUUUGCGUUUACUUGAACGCCUUCUAUCAUUUGAUCCUAAAGAUCGGCCUACUGCUGAAGAGGCACUUGCUGAUCCUUAUUUUCGAGGCCUAGCAAAUAUCGAACUUGAGCCUUCAACACAACCUAUAUCAAAACUUGAGUUCGAGUUUGAAAGGAGGAAAUUGACAAAAGACGAUGUGCGGGAGCUAAUCUAUCGAGAGAUUUUGGAGUAUCAUCCUCAAAUGUUACAGGAGUAUCUAUGCGGCGGAGAUCAGACUAACUUUAUGUACCCGAGUGGAGUGGAUCGCUUUAAGCGCCAAUUUGCCCAUUUUGAAGACCACAAUAACAGUAAAGAUGGUAGACGCACCCCUGAACUGCGACCAAAUGCUUCCUUACCGAGGGAGAAGACUAGUAUGCAUAAACUUGAGGCUUUCGAUAUUGAGAAUAAAUAUGAAGAACAAAGUGUUGAAUAUGUCGGCCAAAUCACCACUGAACGAAACGGUGAGAGGUCAAAUCAUCCUGAUGCAAGCAGAUCAUUAGUCGGCGUUCGUAGCUUGCUGAAGAGCGAAAGCAUUGGGGCUUCCCGGUGUUUUGUAGUCGGCUUAGAGAAGGAUAAUGAAGAGGAAUCAAGUGAGAUGACGAAUCAAGUGGCCGAUAAGUUGCCCCAUAAGUUAACAAACUUACAUUGUUGAUAAGUCUAACGGGUACACGAGAUACUCUCUUGUAAACCAAGGUGGAGCUGCUUCUUCUUCUUCUUAUCGACAUACACUAAUAUAACUCCCGUCGAGUUAUAUAUAUAUAUCUAUAUAUAUAAAUAUUUUUUUAAAUUGUAUGUUUCUUCUCAAUAUGAUGGAAGAUCUGUGCUUUUUUCGCACUAUUUUAGAUGUAUGUGCUUGAUCAAUCGACUGAUUGCUCUUUGCGGUUAC